AUGUUUUCUACCUUGCUCUAUGUGGGCAUUACAGCCUUAUUUUUCGUUCAAAACUCAUUAUCAGAACAUUCCGUUGGGAAUAACGUUGGUCGUGUGAAAUACGAAAAUGGUGAAGUGAUUUUAUUUCAAAACCCUGACAAGCCAACGAACUUCUUCUUCACCCCAUUUCCUCUUGUUAAUCCAUCGAAUAGUCGAUGUCAUCGAAAUAUCUUAAGUGGCUAUGCUGAACUCAGUCUUGCCAUUGAUCUUUAUACUUCUCAAUUGAUUCAAGCAGUUAACGAGUAUGUGAAAGAGCAUUUUUCAACCUUGUGUGACAGUAAUCAAACAUGUCACACUGCAAUGGUUCCUAUGAAUGUGAUUGGUUUGGUUCAAAAUGGUCUGCGAACCAAUGAAACUCGUGAAAUGUAUCAAAUCGGUCAAGAAUGGUUUCCAAAUACUAUUUUUCUGCAAUCAAUCAAUUUUCCAAUAUACACUACGUACGAAGACGUAUGCGAGCGUCUUCUCUCAUCGCUAGUCAGUGACUGUUAUCUGUCAAAUUUUGAAGUGCAUUAUUCUCUUCAUCCCGAAAAACUAGUCGAACGGCAAAUCGAUGUCACCACAGACCAAAUCAUUCUUACAGCAAUGUUUCAUCAAAUUCGAGCUCAAUUCUCUAUGACGGACACCGUAGUCGUGACCAAUCAUGACUACAAGCAACUGCUUAGUGAAGUCAUCAAUAAAAUCAACAUGAAACUACGCAUUCAAGAAGGUUUUGGCAGUUCUUUGCAAGAUCCAACCAUUCUCGAGCGGUUACUUGAUCAGCAACUACCAUUCAAACAGGUCCGUUUAAGUCAGGCGGACGACAAAUUAUGGAAUUUAAUGUAUCGAACAUCUGACUCGACUCGACCAGAUCGUUUGGCAAAAGCUCUGAAUACCAUUCUCUACCGCAAAAAUUCAACCGAUGAUCAAUACCUCCUUCUUGAUAGUCAUACACUAAAGCAUAGUUUGACGCAGCAUGAUAUCGACCGUAUUGAAGAGCUUGGCAAACUAUUGGCAACUCGUAUACCUUCUGAAAAUGUUACCACACCGUAUAUCAUGUCUCGGGAUGACGUUGUAACGUACCUGAGCAACAUUUCGAAUGAGAUACAUCUCGACAAUGAAAUUAUCACUCCUAAACCAAUCGAUGUUCAUCUGAUUAAGAUGAAUACAAUGAAAAUUGAAAAGAAACUUGUGUCGCAUUCGAUGUUGGUUCGUACUCGGAGUAAUAUUCAUGUUUUACCUCUUCGGUGUCCAUUGGUGAAAACGAACUCAGUAAACGAUCGGUAUCGUUGGCUCGAGGAUAAAGUAAGACUAUUAACAGUACUCGUAAGAAAUCUAACAAACCAGUCGUCCGAAUGCUAUCGAGAACGGGAGGAGCUCUUGACACAAAUGGCUUCGUUUGGACAAAGUGCAUUGAAAAAACCCGGCGAAUCACCGGCGAUCAAAUGGAAACCCCACGGAAUUACAGUUGCAGGCGGUAAUGGUGGAGGAAAUCAAUCCAAUCAGCUGUACUUUCCUUGUGGAUUUUUUCUGGAUAAUUAUAAAGAUCUGAUUAUUGCUGAUUAUUGGAAUGACCGUAUUGUCAAAUGGAAUUCGAAUUCAAGCAGGGGCGAGACUAUUGCUGGUGAGAAUGGGCGCGGAAAUCGAUACGAUCAAUUGUAUAGUCCAAGAGAUGUUAUUAAUGAAAAACAGUACAACUCUUUCAUCAUUUGCGAUCGAGACAAUCGAAGAGUGAUGCGGUGGUUUUUUCAUAAUAAGGAAUAUCAACAAAUGCUCAUGAGCGAUAUCGACUGCUGGGGUUUGGCAAUGGAUAAAUCAGGUUACAUUUACGUUUCUGAUUGGAAGAAAAACGAAGUGAAACGAUGGCAUCAGGAGGAGCCGGCUGGAGCGAUAGUUGCUGGUGGAAAUGGCGCUGGUGAUCGAUAUGAUCAACUCAAUUAUCCCACUUAUAUCUUCGUAGAUGAAGACUAUUCGAUCUACAUAUCGGAUGGUGAAAACCAUCGUGUUAUGAAAUGGGCGAAAGACGCCAAAGAAGGAAUACUUGUUGCUGGCGGAAAUGGACGAGGUAAUAGUCUGAGUCAGUUGAUUAAUCCUCGAGGAGUACUCGUGGAUGGUUUGGGUCAAAUCUAUAUUGCUGACAUGCGUAACCAUCGAAUCGUUCUCUGGCAUGAAGGUGAUACAGAAGGUUCGAUUAUUAUUGGUGGAUACGGACUGGGAAAUUCAUCGUAUCAGUUACAUCAUCCAACUGCUUUAGCGUUCGACAACGAAGAGAAUCUUUACGUUGCUGAUUGGGAAAAUCAUCGAAUUCUGAAGUAUGAGCAAAAUUCGCAAUAA